CCACGGUUUGUACACGUCGUGCUAUUGAGGGAGAAAGCGCGAGAGAGAGCUGUCAAGAGUCUGUUUAGAUGUCUGCACAGUUUGAGCUGGCAGGGGAUUUACUCACCAAUUUCCAACGGACAAGGAAAGCUAUAAACUCGCACAUGCGCAUAUCGAAAUAUCGACGCGGAUAUGUAGCCGACAUUCAUGAUUUUUACGCACAGGUGAAAAGUAAUGUUUUUCUUAUCGUAGAUUAUCCAAAGAACAUAGAACAGUGAUAUAGUCUCAGAUCAGUGAACAUCAUAUUUAUAGCCUAGUUAUUGCACAAAUAAUUAUAGACAACACGCGGGAACACCGUUAACAGUGAAACAUGUCCAGGAAAAAGACCAUGAAAGGCAAGGGGAGCUCCAAAAGCUCGACUUCAUCUCCGAACAACAACAAAGACACCGGGAAAAGUGGGAGAGGGAUCGGAGCCUCGGCCCCAUCCAACGGAGUGGUCUAUCCGAGCCGCCCCUCGCUCAGCAACAGCGGGGAGUUUUAUGAUAUCGCUUUUAAGGUGAUGUUGGUGGGAGACUCAGGUGUAGGGAAGACUUGCCUGCUGGUUCGCUUCAAGGACGGAGCUUUCUUGGCCGGUAGCUUCAUCUCUACUGUUGGCAUUGACUUCAGGAAUAAAGUGUUGAACAUUGAUGCGCUGAAGGUCAAACUGCAGAUCUGGGACACUGCUGGGCAAGAAAGAUUCCGCAGCGUCACACACGCCUACUACCGCGACGCUCAUGCUCUCCUCUUGCUCUACGACGUCACUAACAAGGCCUCCUUUGACAACAUCAAGGCAUGGCUGACAGAGAUCCAUGAGUACGCUCAGCAGGACGUGGUGCUAAUGCUGCUGGGGAACAAGGCUGAUGCAACACACGAGAGAGUGGUGAAGAGAGAGGAAGGAGAGAAACUGGCCAAGGAGUUUGCUGUGCCCUUCAUGGAGACCAGUGCUAAAUCUGGCCUGAACGUGGAGCUGGCAUUUACAGCUGUGGCCAGAGAGCUGAAGCACAGGUCACUGAAGGAGCCUGAUGAACCAACGUUUCAGCUUGAAGAUUAUGUCAACAAGGAGAUGAAGAGUGCUGGUUGCUGCCGCACAUAAACCUGUUCUUUCUCUGUGUGUGUGUGUGUGUGUGUGUGUGUGUGUGUGUAUGGCUGUGGCCUAUUGGCUAUGGGUCUGUCUCGUGUGUGUGUAUAUGUCUACCGGUGUAUAAAGUGUGUGUCGCUGUUUCCUUUUCCGCAUGUGUGUGUGAUACACAACCACCACUGUUAAAAAACAUAUGUAUGUGUAUGGUGUACGAGUGAAUUCAUAAUGUGUCAUCUUCUGCCCCCUACUGUAUGAAUAAAGGAUGACAGUUUCAGUGCAUCGGUACAGUAAGAAUCAAAGCCUAUUAGUCUUAUCAAACUCAUUCAGUAAAGACCACCAAAGUAGACAUCAAACAGCAACCUGUCAAAGUUCACCCACUAGAUGAAGGCGGAGCAUUUCAUGUUACAGUACCUCUGUGUCAUCUUACAUAUUCUCUGAUGAUUUCUCUUCCUGGUGAUAUUUUGUGUAUGCAUCCAAGUCCCCCCCACCCAACUGCAGAACUCUCCUGACCCACCUCUUCUUGCAGCUGUGAAUGUAUCUAAACGGUCCCCAUUUGUACCCCUUCGCUCUAUCCUCGUUUGGAUCUAUCGCUCAUGAUCCAUUGGAGUCCCUUUGUGCAAUAUUACUAAGAAAGUAUGUGGUGUAUAUAUUUUAAAUGAAAUGUAUAAUCUAGAGCUUUAUAGUUUGCAUUAUACAUGGUUGUCCUGUUGAGGCCAAAUGGAACACGGUGUCAAGUGAUGUAGAAAGUCAAGAGAUUGUCAAGUAGCAGAACAAGAAACUGUGGGCUGUUUAUACAAUUCAAAAUGUGCAUUGAAGCAAGAUAAUAUCAAUAUGGAUCUUUGUAAAUCUAUAACACUCUAUGGAAGGGUUUGUUUAAAUGUUGUUUAUGUGUUUCUGUACAGGGUGUCCAACAUCAUGUUAUUGAUAUUCUGGAGGCAAAACAUCUGUCCUGUAUUUGAAUACAGUAUUGUUCAGUAUACCUGCCUUGACUUUAUUUCAGAAAUGCUACAAUUGUAACUAUAUCAUUCUUUUCCGAAACAUGGUAUUUUGAAGAGAUGCACUCCGCAAAUCUGACGUUCGUAUCGAUUUACAACACUUUUUAAUUCAGUGGAUUCAUCAUUCUGGACGUAAAAAGAGAAAUGUAUGUAAUUGCCUAAUGUAAAUGAUAUGAUCGAGUUUCAUACUGUAUUUUCUUCCUGUUUAACUGAAGUACUAUGAUGCUCAAUGAAAGAAUAUUGCUGGAAUAUUGAAUAAUGUACAGAGGGCAGCAAAUCGUUCAAUGUUUUGAUUAUAGAAAAGAGUGUACCUACUGUACUUCUAUAAUCCACUCAGACACAGUAAGUACAUGCUUUUCUAUGUAACUUCAGUACUCACAAUAAAGUUUAAGAUGCACAGUA